AUUGCUGUAUUGUUUGGUUGCCUAUUCUUUAUUUCAUCGGAUAACAUGCAAACCCUCAUAGAAAAGUUUUCAGUCAAGUGGUGGUCCAUGUAUGCAUGCUUGCUCGGAUUUUUCUACUUCUUUUCUUCUCCAUUUAUCCAGAAGACUAUCAGACCAAAUUAUUCAAACUUCAGUCGGUGGUACAUUGCCUGGAUUUUAGUUGCAGCUUUGUAUCAUCUUCCAAAUUUUCAGUCAAUGGGUUUGGAUUUGAGGAUGAAUUUGUCCUUGUUUCUAACAAUUUACAUAUCUUCCAUACUCUUCCUUGUUGUCUUCCACAUCAUUUUUCUUGGCCUUUGGUAUGUUGGUCUUGUUUCUCGCGUGGCUGGAAGACGCCCAGAGAUCUUAACCAUUCUUCAAAACUGCGCUGUUCUUAGCAUGGCUUGCUGUAUAUUUUACAGCCAUUGUGGUAAUCGAGCUAUUCUGAGGCAAAAACCACUUGGAAGACAGUAUUCUAGCUGGUUUUCAUUUUGGAAAAGAGAACAUAGGCACAAUACCUGGCUUGCAAAAUUCAUUCGUAUGAAUGAGCUGAAAGACCAAGUGUGUUCGUCGUGGUUUGCUCCAGUUGGAUCUGCAAGUGAUUAUCCACUGUUAUCCAAAUGGUUCAUCUACGGGGAGAUUGCAUGCAACGGAUCAUGUCCUGAUUCAGCUGACGAAAUUUCUCCUAUAUACUCGUUGUGGGCCACAUUUAUCGGUCUUUACAUUGCCAAUUAUGUAGUGGAGAGAUCAACAGGGUGGGCUCUAACACACCCUCUGUCAGUCGACAAGUAUGAGAAGUUGAAGAAUCAGCAAUUGAAACCUGAUUUCUUAGAUAUGGUUCCUUGGUAUUCAGGAACAUCGGCUGAUUUGUUUAAAACUGUGUUUGACCUCCUCGUGUCAGUGACAGUAUUUGUUGGCCGCUUUGAUAUGCGGAUGCUGCAGGCUGCAAUGACCAAAUCUGGUGAUGCAACUGGGAGGAAGGAACUUUUAUAUGAUCACCUUGCUGAUAAGCAAGAUUUUUGGUUUGAUUUCAUGGCGGAUACUGGCGAUGGUGGGAAUUCAUCAUAUAGUGUUGCAAAACUUCUUGCUCAGCCUUCUCUCAGAGUGCCAGUGGCUAAUAAUUUUAUAUCUCUUCCACGGGGCAAUGUACUGCUUAUUGGAGGAGAUCUUGCAUACCCAAAUCCGUCAACUUUUACAUAUGAAAAACGUCUCUUUUGUCCUUUUGAGUAUGCGCUGCAGCCUCCCCGUUGGUAUAAAAAUGACUCUAUUGCUGUUGACAAGCCUGAAUUACCCAACGGAGUGUCUGAUCUGAAGAGUUAUGAAGGUCCUCAAUGUUUUCUCAUCCCUGGAAACCAUGACUGGUUUGACGGACUCAAUACUUUCAUGAGGUAUAUAUGCCAUAAGAGUUGGUUAGGCGGCUGGCUAAUGCCCCAGAAGAAAAGCUAUUUUGCCCUGCAGCUCCCCAAGGGAUGGUGGGUGUUUGGUUUGGAUCUUGCACUUCAUGGUGAUAUUGAUGUCGACCAGUUCAAAUUCUUUUCCGAAUUGGCGAAGGACAAGGUUGGUGAGAAUGAUGCUGUGAUCAUUAUCACGCAUGAACCAAACUGGCUUCUUGAUUGGUACUGGAGCGGCGAUACAGGGAAGAACGUGAGACAUCUGAUAUGCGAUGUUUUGAAAUACAGGUGCAAACUUAGAAUGGCAGGGGAUUUGCAUCAUUAUAUGCGGCAUUCAUGUAAUCAAUCAGAUGGACCUGCCCAUGUCCAACAUCUUCUUGUUAAUGGCUGUGGAGGAGCUUUUCUGCAUCCCACUCAUGUGUUCAGCAACUUUUCAAAGUUCUAUGGGGCCUCCUAUGGAAGCAAGGUUGCCUACCCCUCUUUUGAUGAUUCAAGCAAAAUUGCUUUGGGAAAUAUUUUGAAAUUCCGGAAAAAGAACUGGCAAUUUGAUUUCAUUGGUGGCAUUAUAUACUUUAUCUUGGUCUUUUCAUUGUUCCCUCAGUGUAAGCUAGCUCACGUCUUACGAGGUGAUUCGUUUUCUGGUCACCUGGAGAGUUUCUUAGGCACAGUUUGGAGCGCCUUUGCGUAUGUGAUGGAACAAUCUUAUGUGUCUUUUACCGGUGUCUUGAUGUUGCUGAUAACUGCAAUUACAUUUGUCCCCUCAAAAGUAUCUCCGAAGAAAAGGGUUUUAAUUGGAGUUCUUCAUGUUGCUGCUCACCUGAUGGCAGCUCUGAUUCUCAUGUUGAUGUUGGAACUGGGCAUAGAAAUCUGUAUUCAGCAUAAUCUCCUUGCAAAUUCUGGGUAUCAUACAUUAUAUGAGUGGUACAAAUCAGUGGAGAAUGAGCAUUUCCCGGACCCUACUGGCCUUCGAGCCCGUAUCGAACAAUGGACAUUUGGCUUAUAUCCUGCGUGCAUCAAGUAUCUUAUGUCAGCAUUUGAUGUUCCUGAGGUGAUGGCGGUUACCCGGACCAACAUUUGCAAACAUGGAAUGGAAUCACUUUCCCGAAGCGGAGCUGUUAUCUAUUAUGCUUCUGUCUUCCUUUACUUUUGGGUUUUCUCAACUCCUGUCGUGUCUAUGGUAUUUGGAAGCUACUUGUAUAUCUGCAUCAACUGGUUCCACCUACACUUUGAUGAAGCUUUCUCUUCACUCCGCAUUGCCAAUUACAAAUCUUUCACCCGUUUCCACAUCCUAGAAGAUGGAGACAUCGAAGUUUUCACGCUUGCAGUUGAUAAGGUGCCAAAAGACUGGAAACUGGACAAAGAUUGGGAUUCAGAGCCGAAACAGAGUUUCAAGAUGAGCUAUGAGAGAAAGUUUCCAAGUAAAUGGUGUGCCUCAACUGCCCAACAAGACCCUGUUAAUACGGUAAAGAUAGUCGAUCGUUUUGUCAUUCAUAGAUCACAAAAGGAAAACGGAGAAUGUUAGAUAUGGAUCAGCUCUUCACUGAUCUUUUGAUUGUAUCGCUCUAUUUUGUAUAAAGCUAGAAUAUAAUGUAGCCUCUUUAUUUUUAUUUGAGAUGAAUGAAAAUUGAUAGAAUAU